AUGGCGAAACCACGUCUUAUAAUCUUGAUUCGGCAUGCCCAAUCUGAAGGAAACAAGAGCCGCGAGAUUCACCAGACCACGCCCGACCACCGAGUCAAAUUGACCUCUGACGGCUGGGCCCAGGCUCACGAGGCAGGCCGCCGCCUCCGCAAGCUCCUCCGCCCCGACGACACCCUGCACUUCUUCACCUCGCCCUACCGCCGCACUCGCGAGACCGCCGAGGGCAUCCUCACCACGCUGACCUCGGACGACGACGAGGCCUCGCCCUUCCGCCGCUCCGACAUCAAGGUGUACGAAGAGCCCCGGCUUCGCGAGCAGGACUUUGGCAACUUCCAGCCAUGCAGCGCCGAGAUGGAGCGCAUGUGGCAGGAGCGUGCCGACUACGGCCACUUCUUCUACCGCAUCCCCAACGGCGAGAGCGCCGCUGACGCCUACGACCGCAUCAGCGGCUUCAACGAGAGCCUGUGGCGCCAAUUCGGCGAGGACGACUUCGCCAGCGUCUGCGUCCUCGUCACCCACGGGCUCAUGUCCCGCGUCUUCCUCAUGAAAUGGUACCACUUCACCGUCGAGGAGUUCGAGGACCUCCGCAACGUCAACCACUGCGAGUUCCUCAUCAUGCGCAAGCAGGACAGCGGCAAGUACAUCCUGGAGAACAAGCUACGGACCUGGUCCGACCUGCGCCGCGAGCGCGCCCUUAAGGAGGGCAAGGACCACGACGACUUCAAGCUAGAGCGGAACAAGACCUUCGUCGCCACCCGCCGCUGGGGUGGGUGCCCCGAUGGCUGUAACCACAGCAGCCACUAUAAGAAGCGUGAGGACUUGGAGCUUUUGAGGCAGCGAGAUGUGGAACACUCCGUUCGCGGCACGAGCGGGGCUUCCACGGACGCUGUUCAUACUGCCACGACUACCAGCACCACCAUCACCACCGCGACACCCCGGAAGCAUCACGUGCAUCACGUAGCGAGCUCCGAUGGUGAUGACGAGGAUGAGCAAGAUCACGAGGAGAAUGAAGAUACUAAGGACCAUAUCCUGGAAAUGAGCAGUGCUCAGAAUAACGCCAACAAAGAGAACCAGGCUCGGCUUCACCCGAAGAGCAUUCGAUACCACGACCAUCUUCAUGUCGGCCGCGACUUUGGUGGCACUUACUCGGGCCACGCCUCGACGGCAGGCAGCGACACAGAUGCUUCCGAGGAAGAGCAUCAUCGGCACCGCCGUCUAGCGUCUCUCGAUGCCCGUCUCCAGCGUGUUACUACGGCCUCCGCUCUACGGAGGCAGACGAACGGGUCAGAACACAGUUCCGACAGCGAGCAUGAUGCUGUGCGGCCUGCCUACAUGAGUCGGCUCGGUGAUGGGGUCGAGGAUGACUUGGACAGAGCAGAAAAGGAAGAUAGGAGCAUUCAAGGAAGCGUGUACUGA